AUGUUAGCUAUCUCGGUGCUGCUAACUGUAACGGGCAUGGCUGGCUUAAUUUUCGCGGAUUUAUUCACAUCGUUAGCUGAAAUGGAGCAUCUCCUGGAAGCGGAAAAGGGCAUGCCAACAUUGCUGGAUGUUUACAUUGAUCGAUAUCAGCAGCGCUUGGAUGCUAUCAAAAAGUAUGCCAAUUUGACUGCUUUUCUUAUGUAA